AUGGAGGACAAGUCAGAUGGUAAGGUUUUUCAGGAAAGUAAGGAUGGUGAAGAUAGAAACCAGGCACAAGCUUUUCCACAAUCACUUUAUGGGUUACCGGCAUCAAGUUCAUCAGGGCGAACCCCAACGAACGAUGUUGUAUCAUCUUUUAGUGAGGUUGAUCAAAAUGAUUUAAAUAAAGUACGACCCAUAUUGAGGAUACAGACGAGUGGAUUAGACACGCCGGUUAUUCCGAGUAAGAAUCCGAGUACGGUGAGUGUACGUAGCCAUAUUAAGGGCUUUCUAGAUAAGAGGGGCAGUUCCAAAGGCAGCCUAACCCCGCAGAUGGGGAGAAAUUCAGCGGAUAGAGGGUCGGGGGGGAGAAGUUUUGAUGUAAGUUCAAUGAGACCCAGUUGUGAAGUGCCUAGAUCAGCAAAGGUGAUCUCGAUGAUUGAAGAUCAUGAGGUAGAUGAUUUUCUUAAUUUGCAAGGGGAAUUUAUAAAUGCUUUGGAGGAAGAAAACGAUAAUUCCUGGCUUCCUAAACAUACAAGGUUGAGUUCUAUGGACGAUGACAGUGGAUUAGGUGAUAGUUCUAAACCGAGGGCAUCGAAGUUAUCAUCAGCUCUUAUACCUAAUCGUCAAGAGUCGGAAAAUAAUGAGUCGAAUUUUGAAGAGAUUGAACUGAUAGAUAUACCAUUAUAUUCUAAUAAAUUUCAAGCACGAUCUAGAUCGAAGCAACGUUCUUCUAAUGACUACGAUAAGAAUGAUGACAACCUGCCGAACGUUUCAUUUGACUUUAUUGAUGAAAACAAAGAUUCCCAAGAAACUUCCGAAGUCACCCCGGAACCUUUGAUAUUAUAUGGUUCUUCCUUGGGCAUUAUAACGCCAUAUAAUCUUUUGAGGAUGCGGUUCGCAAGGUUUUUGAUGGGCAUGAAUUAUAGAGUUAUGAGUCAGCUAUUAUUGAUCCUGUUUACUUUCUUCAUAUCAUACAGGCAAUACAAUAUGCAAGCAAGUGGUACUCUGGGCAACUAUAGCAACUGGAGUGAUAUUGCCAUAUUUUUAUGCAAUUGUAUAUUUACCAUUGAGAUGGCAAUCAAGAUAAUUGCAUUCGGGUUUUGGGAUGACUCCCAGUUAUUUGAUGCAUAUAAGAAAGAAUAUACUACGGUGUGGCAACAACUCGGUGUUCUGAAGUUUUAUAGAUCCUUGGAAGCUAAAUAUGGUUCAGAAUUAAUGCAGAAGUUAUUUCCAUUCAAAUCUAUCACAGGUGAUGACGGUUCACAAAAAAGCAACUUGAGAAGUUCUAUGACAUUUGUUAAUUCUAACGAACAACAAAAACUUCAAAUUCCAAGGGCUGCUAUGCGUAAUAGUUGGAACCGGAUGGAUUUCUUAUCAACUGUCUGCUUUUGGAUUAGCUUCAUGCUUUCUUUUAAAAAUUAUGAUCUAAUCCAUCGUAUUCGUAUUUUCAAGACACUCUCUGUCCUCCGAAUUUUAAGAUUGACAGACACUGACUCCGGUGUUUCUUCCAUUUUAAAAAGUAUAAAAUAUGGCCUUCCCCAGUUAUUUAAUGUUGGAUUCAUGUUGCUAUAUUUUUGGGUCUUUUUUGCAAUCUUAGGCGUACAAAAUUUUCAAGGUUCAUUCCGUCGCCAAUGUGUUUGGAUCAAUCCUAAUGACCCCGCAGAUACCUUUCUGUAUGAUAAACAAUUCUGUGGUGGUUAUAUCGAUGCAGUGACUGGAGAGCCCAGGCCAUAUAUAUUUGCAGAUAAUACUGAAGCCCAGGGUUAUAAGGGGUUUUUAUGCCCUCCAAAUUCGAAGUGUAUUUCAAACCAAAAUCCAUACAACGGAAGAAUUAGUUUUGAUAAUAUUAUAAACUCCAUCGAAAUGAUUUUUGUCAUCAUGAGUGCAAACACUUUCACAGACUUGAUGUAUUUUACCAUGGACUCGGAUAAUAUGGCAGCAGCUAUAUUUUUUAUUUUCUCAACCUUUUUUUUGACUGUUUGGAUGAUGAAUUUAUUCGUUGCUGUAUUAUACUCAUCUUUUGAGAUAGCUAAUGAAAUGAUACAUGAGCGAAGAACAGAAUCUCGAUCGAUGCAAAAUAUAGUUGUUCGAAAACUACUUCAUUAUGGUAAAAUGAUUAAAACCAAGGCUAACGCAUCAGUAUUUCCGAAUGUCAUGGGGAAGAUAAGGAGAAUAUAUGACCAAGUUGAAUGGGUAUUUGUUCUUGUUAUCUUUGCUGAUUUGAUAGCUCAAGCAACAAUAACAGCAUGGACCACUACUGAGAAGAUACAUGCCUUGUUGCGUAUUGAAAGAAUUGUCAGUCUCCUAUUAUUAUUCGAAUCCAUAAUCCGAAUUGCAAUUUAUUUUCCAGUUCCUUGGAAAUUCUUAGCAAAGCCCAACUACGUCUAUGACCUAAUUUGUGCCAUCAUUUCAGUAAUAAUUACACAACCUAAUGUUCCCGAACGUUUGGGACAAACUUAUAACUGGUUAUGCUUUUUUCAAGUAUCAAGAUUUUACAGGUUUGUUGUUGCACUGAGCAUUACAAGAAAUUUAUGGAAAAGGGUUCUAGGAAAUGCUCUAAUGAUAUGGAAUUUAUCAGCCUUCUAUUUCCUAUUAUUAUUCCUCGUUUCUCUCAUUGUUUCUGUAUAUUUUGAGGGCACUGUAUCUCUGGAGCAAUUAGAUGAAGAACCUUUUGGCAUGUAUUCCUUACUGAAUACGUUUUUAUCAUUAUUUAUAAUUGGAUCGACUGAAAACUGGACAGAUAUUUUAUAUUUACUACAGCAAGAAUCCCCUACAUCAUCUUAUGCGUUUUUUGGUACAUGUUUAAUAAUUAUGUGGUUUAUUUUGGCAAAUUCUGUGGUUUUGAAUAUCUUUAUUGCUGUUAUUUCCCAAAGUUUAAAGGUUGAGGAAAGUGAUAAAAGAAAGUUGCAAAUUAGACACUACCUUGAACACGUUUAUCCUGAAAGAAUUAAACUGUAUAAGAACGCCUCAUUGCUAUCGAGAAUAAAGAAAAAGCUCCUAGGAAGAGAAGGAGAUGAAAACUCUAGAGAUUUUCACCAGUUUAUGUUUAGAGGUACGGCAAUUUUAGCCAUUGCUCAAAACUAUGAAGAAUUGAAAAAGAAUCCUGAAACUUCACGAGAUGAAUCUCGACCUAUCCGCAGUAUUAUUAAAAGUUAUUGGCAGAGAUUACUGAAAAAGUUUAAGUUUACAGAAUACAUUCAAGAUAAUCCUUUCUUUAGGAAACCUGAAGUUGUAUUUGGUGAAACGAAUGACCUCAAUGAACCUAAAAAAAAGUUUUCUCUGCAGCUAAAUGAUUGGGAGGAGGAGAAAUUGGAAUUUCUACGAAGCCAUCCAAUGUUUAAUUACAGCUAUUUCAUUAUUCCACCUAAUAAUGCGUUACGUAAAUUCUGCCAAACGAUUGUUCAACCUAGCGUGGGUAAGAGGACAGAUGGUGUAGUAUUUUACGAAGAUACUACUAAUGUUUAUGGGAGGAAGAAGUACUUCUAUCACAUAAAAAGGGACACCUUUGUGGCUCUGACCUUCGUGUCCACCAUUUUAAUGGUCAUGUUCUCAUGUUAUGUCACUCCUCUCUACAGAAACAAGUUCCAAUCAGAUUCGUGGUCCUGGUUAAAUGUUAGUGAGUGCGUAUUUGUGGCUUUAUUUACACUGGAAUUUUUGGUUAAGACCAUCGCAGACGGUUUUCUCUAUUCUCCAAAUGCUUAUAUUCUAAAUCCUUGGAAUUGUAUUGACUUAGUGGUCCUGAUCUCCAUGUGGAUCGACUUUCUUUCAUGGCUGAAAAAUGAUGGAAAAUUAGCUCGGGUUUUCCGCGGUUUAGACGCUUUAAGAGCAUUAAGGUUUUUGACAAUUAGCAAUACCGCGAGGACUACUUUUAAACAAGUUUUUUUUGAUGGUAUAACGAAGAUCGCUGGGGCUUGUCUCAUUGCAUUGAGUCUUUUGUUCCCAUUCACUGUGUGGGGGUUGUCUUUAUUCAGGGGAAGAUUAGGUGUGUGUAAUGAUGGCGGUUUAGGAAUGGAUUUUUGUUACAAUGAAUAUAGUCAAACAGUUGGUAACUGGGAUGUACUAAUGCCUAGGGUUUAUUCCCCACCUGUGCUUCAUAUGGACUCAUUUGUUAGCGCUUUCAGGAGCUUAUACGAAAUAGUAUCUUUGGAAGGGUGGAUAGACUUGCUAUCCAACCUCAUGAAUUCAACUGGGGUAGGCACUCCUGCAUCUUCUUUUGCAUCAUCAGAAAACGCGGUAUUCUUAGUUUCCUUCAACUUUUUGAGUAUGGUUUUCAUUUUGACAUUAUUUAUCUCAUUUAUUAUUGGUAACCAUGCAAAGACUACAGGUAGUGCAUUUCUAACAGUUGAGGAAAAGGCCUGGUUGGAAAUUAAAAAGCUCUUAUCCCGUGUUAAGCCAGAAACAACACCAAAUCUUUUCACUAUGAGCCCUUUGCGGCAAUUCUGCUACAAAUUAGCUGUAGAACGUCGAUAUUUCUGGUAUACGGUAGCAUUUCAGGUUGUAUUGUACGCUCAUAUCCUGACACUUUUAUUGAGGACAUAUAAUGAAAGUUUUUCUUUGAAUGAAUAUGCAAAUAUUACGUUUAUGACAACGACUUCUUUAUUUUUGGUACAUGAGAUCAUUUACAUGCUUGGUAAGGGUUUUAAACUUUUAAGAAGCAAUUCAUGGGAUGUUCUGAGAAUUUUGAUUAUUCUCGUGUCUUUCUCCCUCAACAUAAUUCAGCUAUACUUUGUGGGUCCAGUUCUGGGGUUCACAAAUAUACAAGCGGUGUUUCAGCUGAUAAUAUUCAUUUUUGUAAUCCCCCAAAAUGAUAUUUUAAGUGAAUUGAUCAAUACAGCAGUGGCUAGUUUGCCAUCAAUAUUAUCGCUAAUAUAUACUUGGGGUAUUCUAUUCCUUGUAUAUGCCAUUGCAAUGAACCAAAUCUUUGGACUAACCAGGUUAGGUUCUCAUACGACGGGCAACAUAAAUUUUAGAACAGUGACGAAGAGUUUGAUUGUUCUAUUCAGAUGCAGUUUUGGCGAAGGUUGGAAUUAUAUCAUGCACGACUUAACUGUAAGUGAACCAUACUGUUAUGAAGAUCCCUCCACUGGAUUUUCCGAUUGUGGCUCAAAGCCAUAUGCCUACGUCUUAAUGAUGUCAUGGAAUAUUUUAUCGAUGUACAUAUUCUUGAAUAUGUUCAUUUCUUUGAUGAUCGAAAACUUCAGUUAUGUGUAUCAUAGAGGUGAUAAGAGAUAUGUUGCCAGAAGAGAAGAGAUUCGAAAGUUCAAGAAAGCAUGGAAUAAAUUUGAUUCAGAUGGAAAUGGCGAAAUCGAAUUCUCCCUGUUGCCUAAAUUUAUGCAUUCAUUUGAUGGUCCUUUGUCAUUUAAGAUAUGGGAAGGAAGACUAUCAGUCAAAAAUUUGGUGAAAAACUAUAUACGUGUGAAUCCUGCGGACCCUUAUGAUGUUCAAGUUGAUUUGGUUCAGUUAAACAAUGAGUUGAAUAGCAUCGACAUUAAGAAGAUAACUCAAAGGAGAAGAACUUAUUGUAGGUUCGUUAGAGAAGUCCACAUGAUAAACGCUUAUUACGGUUGUAUCAAAUUCUCUACGUUGAUCAAACAAAUUCCCUUGUAUACCGAGUACAAUCCUAGAGACUGCUUAGGUAUUGACGAAUACGUGAAGUGGUUGUAUACGGUAGGCAAAGUUGACAAAUUCUUAGAUAACGAAAGAAAUGUCGAUGUUCUAGAGAUGAUUGUUACAAGGUGGAAGUACGUCAUGCACAAACGCCGUAAGAAGGAUCUACCAGAAGUAGCAGCAUCAAGAGGGUCGAUGGAUAAACUGGUUCCAACCCCUUCUUCACCAAUUGUUCCAAUAUCAUCAGACCCAUCUUACAACCUUCUGCAGCUUUCAGAAACGGAAGUCGGUACGGUAAAUGACUUUUUGUGGUCUCCUGGCGACAUUCAAGAAGGACUUUAUGAUUCAUUAACGCAUAGAAACCUGAUUGGUGCCCAAAAUCGUAAUGAAAAAGAAGAAAAUAUCCACGACCAUACUUCAAAAAAUAGUUAA